CGUGUUAUUUAAUUCGUUUUGUUUCACCGUAUUCGCUUACAACCUCUGCUGCACAGCGCGUGCAAAACGUUCCUUGUUUCAUUCGAUUACAACUCGCCGAAGCUUCUGCUCACCCGUGUUAGCAAUAGAAGAAACGUCUUGUGAGACAACAGUACUGAAUAAUUGUGAAGUUUUUCGGGGUAGAAAAAGAGCACACUUGCCCUAUGUGGUACGAAGGAAAAACAAACACAACCAUCCGGAUGACGAGCGUGGUGUGCGGUGAAACUCGCGCUAACCAGUGAAGAAGGUGAACACGAUUUCAUCGGAAGUGUAAUCAAAAGUGUAAUUCACAAAACAAUAGAAUAGCAAAACAAUUGUGAGGUAUUUAGGAUAUGGUUCGGUACGAAGAUUGUGCGCUACACAGCGAAUGCAGCACACCGUACGGCAACAGCGACCAAGUGCAUCAAUCAUAUGGGAUGCAGACAAUGACCGAUUUGUUUGUGCGAAUGUUAGUGACAUAACAGAACAAGAGCCGUGUUUGCAGAUAAAAACGCACUAAACGCGCUUAGCAACAACUGUUUGGGGAGGCCCAAAUCCGUACCGAAACUCCAAAUCGCUAGUUUCCAUACAGCAACGAAUCACAGCAUCAGGGACAGCUGGUAGUAGGUGUAAACAAAGGCCAACACAAUCGUUAAGCGCUAGUGGAUGUGUGCGUGUGUGUGUGUGUGUGUGCGUGUCGUGAAAAAGCAACGGGAAAAGUGAAGAGAAAAUCGAUUGAUGCGUUUUACCUUUGCCGGAAAAUCCAAGUGACCUUGUGCAAGGGUUAACGAAAGUGUCACAGGGUGUGAAGCUUACCUACAGUGCUAUAAGAGUUACAUCUGCUAGAGAAAAAUGUGGUGCCUGGUGAAUCUUCCCAACGGGACGACGUCCGGUGUCCAGUGUGACCCGAAAAGGAUCAGCCAGGAGUGUCUGGAGAAGGUGUGUGCCGAUCUGGGAAUCAUCUGCGAAACCGAUUACUUCGGCCUGAUCCCGGUACGCGAUGGCGAUAGUGUGGCGGAUGUGGAUGAGGGCACCGCCAAGCAGUGGAUCAACCUGCGCAAUCCGCUCCAUCUCUACACGAACGAUCGUACGCAUCCGAUCGUGUUUUCGCUUCGCGUUAAGUUCUGGGUACCGGCACAUCUGAUCCUGCAGGGUAGCGUGCGCACCCUGUUCUUUAUGCAGGCGCGCCAGGAACUGUUCGAUGGCCAUUUGCGACCCUCGAGCUGGGCUAAUGCGGCCUACCUGGCAGCGCUGCUCCUGCAAGCCGACGGCUUCAAGUACGAUCCGGCCAAAGUUCCAAGUGUGAGCGAAACACCAAUCGCUGCUCCGGGAUCGAGCUCGGUGACUUCAUCUCCGGAACGCCGGCCAGCACAAGGACUGCGCCGUCCAUCGAAACGAAAGUGUUCCGAAAUUGAAUGUAAACGGGGCAGUGUUAGCUCGCAGAGUAGUGGAAGCUCGGGGACGACGGGCGUACCAUUGGAUGAUAGUGUCCAACUGGCGGGUCAAGUCACCGGCGCCCCGUCGGUAGGUGAUGGACCUACCAAUGCACCAAAGAAUAUUUACCACCGUUACGGUGCGCUGCGACCUGCAUUUGAAGAGGGCGACGAGGAGGAUCGGACGGCGGAGGUUCUGCAGCCGGCCAACUAUUACCAGCUGAUUGCUCAGGAGCACGAGAAACUGUCGCGAAUUCGCAUGACCCCGACGUCGGCACAAUACUGGCUGCUGGAGGAAAUCUGCAGCCUGGUCGGGUACGGGGAGGAGAUCUUCGAGGGCGUAACAAUUGCCGAACCGGCGGUAGUGUGCAAAAUCGGCGUAAGCCCGCACGGACUUACGAUUGUUAAGGACGACGAAAAGUAUAGCGUUCCAUUCACCGCAGUAAAGGCGGCCAAAUCGAUUAAGCGUUCCUUCCGGUUGACGUACAUGAACGAGAAUCACGAGGAAACGCACGUGGAACUGAAGCUGCCGUACCACCGGACCGCAGCCUCCCUCUACCGGGCCAUCACGGAAAAGCACGUCUUCUACUCGUGCGAAACGGUACGCCCAAUCGUAACGACACAGUUCAUACGCGAUCUCAAAGGCACGAUCGUGUCCAUGUUCAACGAGGACACCGAGCUCGGCAAACGGUACGUGUUUGACAUUCAGCGCACCUGCCGGGAGGUGUACGAUGCGGCACGGCGGACACUACACGCCCGUGGCAUCGAGAUCGCUCCCAGUGCGGACGAGCAUGCGGAAACACCGGCUGCCGCGCUCGGCCGGUUGGAGGAAAGCCUCCGGACGCGGCAGGAAGAAUCGGGCCAGCUGGAGAAGCUGCUCGACGAACGGAUACGGGAAGCGAUCACCUGUCCGAUCUGUGCGGAUGGUGAGAUCGACACGACCUUCCUGCCGUGCGGUCACAUGACUGCCUGCAGAGCCUGUGCCGUACAAUGCGACCGCUGUCCAUUGUGCCGUGCCAACAUCGAAACUACCAGUAAAAUCUUUCUGCCUCCCCUGCUACAGUCACGCAAGGGUGGUGCAGGUUCGAACGAGAGCCGACGGUCGUCGGACAUCGAGACGACAGCUGCUAAAGUAGCUGCCGCACCAUUGGUACAAUAGUUCUGGAUGAAGUUGCGCAUUACGUCCGCUUGCAGCACAUUGUAGGAGAGGGGGGAGAUUUGUUAGAUAAGCGAAUUGGUGAUAUUAUUUGUUAAUCGUACUGUUGUGAAUAAACCCGGUGGGAAUGGUUUCGAGUGGAAGGAUUUGAUAGGCGAAAUGGGCAAGAAAAACAAGGUACGCUUUAGGACAAGAGGAAAACAAUGAUAGAAGUACGAAGUACGACAUCAGGAACACAGAUAUAUAGUCAAUGAAUCAAUGCAAAUCUUUAAAAUUACCACUAGUUGUGUGCACCGUGGCGUGUAGAGAUAGCAGGCGCACGAGAAGAGGAGGUUUAGCUCGUAGGAUGAUGAUGAUGUUAAGUUUACCGCUGUUAUGUAUUGGUUAAUUUUAAAAUCAGUGAUAGAUUUACGUUUUUUUUGUUUUAUGAAUCAAAACCAAUAGUCAAAACACAACGCAGAAGCGCAGAAUCGUUGAGCUUAUAAGGCCUGUCAGACUUUUCGUAGGGCGUGAGCUCUGGUUGUGAGUGAGUCAACGAUUUGUUGGUAGUAUUUGAUGUUAAGUAUUUUUACUUUUCUUACUAAACGCACUUAAUGUACGGUACGGUAGCCAUUUUACCACCUUAUCCCGGUGCUGAUGCAGCUCCAUCGGAUGGUUUUCGGCGCGGACCACCCGCUUCCGGUUACGUUGCCGUGUGCUAACAAACACAUAUCUAUAAAUUUCCUGUCGAUUGCAUCAAGCACGGUUUUGAUUACCAUGUGUAAGAUAUUAGUAGUUGUUAAUGGCCAAGCUCUUCCAAGAAGUGCAUGGCACAUCAUAAAUGGUGGCAUUCUCCAGCUUACGUAAAUGCAAAUAAAAAAGCAAAAACAAUAAUAACAAGAGCAAUGGUAUUGAGAAGUUAUCCAACUCGUCCAAAUGCAAAU